AUGGAGACGGGAGGCUCUUCGGCCAAUGAACGCCUUCAUUUUGGGAAGAUGGAAUAUGGAUGGCAACAUUGUAGGAGGAGAUGUAAGAUUCGAGCUUCAUGUUGCAACGAGGUUGCUCAACUAUGUUCAAAUUGUGGCGUCAAUAUGGGAGAAUAUUUUUGUGAUAUUUGCAAGUUCUUUGAUGAUGAUACAGAGAAAGAGCACUUUCAUUGCAAUGAGUGUGGGAUCUGCAGAGUCGGCGGUCGGAACAACUUUUUUCAUUGCAAAAAUUGUGGGUCUUGCUAUUCCCUUGCUUUGCAAGGUAAUCAUUUUUGCGUGGAGAACUCGAUGCGGCAUCACUGCUCCAUAUGUUACGAGUACCUAUUCGAUUCAUUGAAAGAUACCACAGUAAUGAAAUGUGGUCACACGAUGCACUACGAAUGUUACUAUGAGAUGAUAAAGCGCGACAGAUAUUGUUGUCCAAUAUGCUCAAAGUCAGUAAUCGAUAUGUCUAGAACCUGGAAGAGGAUAGACGAAGAGAUAGAAGCGACUGUAAUGCCGGAGGACUACCAGUACAAAAAGGUUUGGAUCCUAUGUAACGAUUGCAACGACACUAUGGAAGUUUUCUUCCACGUAAUAGGGCAGAAAUGCAGUCAUUGUAAAUCAUAUAAUACCCGCAUGGUCUCUCCACCGGUACUCCCACACUGAAAAGAUCACGACUGAGGAACCAACGAAUUGAGCUCGAGGCAUCCAAGGUGCGUACGUGUAAUCAUGAAAUCCGAAGACAAAUUAUUGAUAAC